AUGGCCCAAUGGUAUUCUCGAAGUGGUGAAAAAGUGGCCAUAGUAAUUGGAUCCGGGUUAGCUGGUUUGGCUGCCUCCUCCCAAAUUCUCUCACAAAGUCAUGAUAUCAAAGUUUAUCUUCUCGAACAAGCAAGUCGAACCGGAGGAAAUAGCAUAAAAGCCUCUUCUGGAAUAAAUGGUGCAAGAACAUCGUUUCAAUUUGCAUCGAAUCCCCCCAUUGUAGAUAGCGUCGAGACGUUUUAUAAUGAUUCGAUCAAGUCAGCAGCGGAAGCUUUGCGCGUUGGCGGCGAAGGGGAGAGAAAGGAAAGGGAGCGUUUGAUUAGGGUACUAAGUGAGGAGUCCAAGGGAGCUGUUGAGUGGUUGGGCAGUAAGGGCGUGGAUCUUAGUGUCAUUGCUCAAUUGGGAGGACACAGUGUUGCUAGGACGCAUAGAGGAGGUGGAAAAUCUAAACCACCUGGAGCAGCGAUUGUUGGUGCUCUUUUAGAGGAAUUGAAAGGAAACGACAUGUUUCAUCUCAAGACUUCGUGCAGGGUAAUCAGAGUAAUUAAGGAUGAUAACGAUGAAGAUGUCAGAGGUGUGGAAUGUAUUUGUGAAGAUGAAAACAAAGCACAGAAAGUCGAAGUUUUAACAGGCCCUCUGAUUUUCGCAACUGGCGGGUUCGCAGGCGAUGCAUAUGGGAUGUUAGCGCGAUAUCGACCUGAUUUAUCCGGAUUUCCCUCCACCAAUGACCUACGUUCCGGGUCUCAAGAACUUCUCUCGGAUAUUGGAGCUGGACUUAUCGAUAUGGAGAAAGUGCAAAUCCAUCCUACUGCAUUUGUGGAUAUGAAAGAUACCAACAAUCCGACUAAAUUUCUAGCAGCGGAAAUGUUGAGAGGCGAGGGCGGUGUGCUUUUGAUGGGUGGGAGGAGAUUUGUAGAUGAGUUAGAGACGAGAAAGAUUGUUACUGGGAAAAUAAUGGAAGCUGGUGAAAUUUUAGGGAGUGAGGGACACCCAAGACAGUGGGAUGUGAAGCUUGUGAUUGAUCAGGGGGUGUAUGAGAAGACAAAAUCACAUGUUGACUUUUAUUUGUGGAAGGGUUUGAUGAGGAAAUGUACUAUUGCGGAAGAAAAUUUUGGAGAAGAUGCCAUAGGGAGUUUGCAGAGGUAUGCAGACACCGUAGCAAAGAGGUUGAAGGAUGAGUUUGGUAGGAAGUCUUUUGGAUGCUGGAAACUGAAUGACGUAAAACCCGAUUCGGUAAUAUACGUAGGAAACGUCACUCCUGCGGUUCAUUUUACGAUGGGAGGGGUGAGGAUUGAUGAGCAAGCAAGGCUUUUGACAGCAGAAGGGGACGUGAUUCGGGGAAUUUGGGCAGCAGGCGAAGUUACUGGAGGAAUUCAUGGGGAUAAUAGGCUGGGUGGGAGUUCAUUAUUGGAAUGUGUUAUUUUUGGGAGGAAGGCUGGAGAUGGAGUAUUAAACUUAUUGGGGGGGUGA